AUGUCCUUCCUCCGUGCUGCUCGCCUCGCUUCUGUUGCACAAGCUGCUGCUCGUCGUCAUUUGCCUUCGACUCGCUCCUAUUCCUCUGCCUUGAGCGCUUUCUCGGUUCCUUCCCCCGUCGAGAACCCCACCUCCCUUCGCUCUUUCACUGAGGAAGAGUUGAUGUUGCAAGAGACUGUCGCUCGUUUUGCACGUGAAGUUGUCCAACCCAAGGUCCGUGAAAUGGAUGAAAAUGAGUUGAUGGACAAGAGCAUCAUCAACGCCAUGUUCGAGAAUGGCUUGAUGGGUCUCGAGACUGAAGCCGACUUUGGAGGUGCCGAGUGCUCUUUCACUGCUGCCAUUUUGGCUGUUGAAGAGCUUGCCAAGAUUGACCCCUCGAUCUCUGCCUUGUGCGACAUUCACAACACCCUUACCAACACUGUUAUCCGCAAGUGGGGUAGCAAGGAACUCAAGGAAAAGUAUCUCACCCGUUUGGCCACCGAUACCGUUGGUAGUUUCUGUAUCUCGGAAGCUGGCGCCGGUAGUGAUGCUUUUGCUUUGCAAACCCGUGCUGAGGACAAGGGCGAUCACUAUGUCUUGAAUGGUGGCAAGAUGUGGAUCAGUAACUCUGGUGAAGCUGAUAUCUUUGUUGUCUUUGCCAACGCUGAUCCUUCCAAGGGUUACAAGGGUAUCUCUGCUUUCAUUGUUGAAAAGGAAUGGGGUGUUGAGAUCGCCAAGAAGGAAAAGAAGCUCGGUAUCCGUUCCUCCUCCACCUGUGUCCUCAACUUUGAUGAUGUCAAGGUUCCCAAGGAGAACGUCCUUGGUAAGAUUGGUGAUGGUUACAAGUACGCCAUUGACUCGUUGAACGAGGGUCGUAUUGGUAUUGCUGCCCAAAUGAUUGGUGCUGCUCAAGGUGCCUAUGACAUUGCUCUUCCUUACCUCUUUGAGCGUAAGCAAUUUGGCAAGCCCAUUGGUUCUUACCAAGCUAUGCAACAUCAAUUUGCCCAAGUCGCCUGUGAGAUUGAAGCUGCCAAGCUCAUGACCUACAAUGCUGCUCGUUUGAAGGAGGAGGGUAAGCCUUUCGUCAUGGAAGCUGCCAUGGCCAAGUUUGUCGCUGCCAAGGUUGCCGAACGUGCUACUAGCUAUGCUGUCGAAUGGAUGGGUGGCAACGGCUUUGUUCGUGAAACUGGUGUUGAAAAGUUCUACCGUGAUGCAAAGAUCGGAUCUAUUUACGAAGGCACCAACAACAUGCAACUCGAGACCAUCUCCAAGAUCAUCUCCAACAAGUACAAGUAA